GCCACUGAUGGCUACAUUGACUUUCUGGCCCAGGCAAGAAGCAAAGGAGCUACUUCAGGAUUUAAUAAAAUGCCGACUACACGAGUACCCCAAGACUUUAUAGAUGCUAUGAAACGCAUAUCGGGAGGACAACCAGACAUGGCUGCUAACACUCAAGCAGCACAGAAAGCUUCAUCCUCAGUUGACAAAUGGAAGUCUUCAUUCAAACCAAUCGGUGAUGAAGAUGAAGACUCUCAGGACAAAAGCAGCACAGAAAAGACUGGGCUUUAUGACCCUUACAACCCUUUGUCGUCAGACUCUGAACCUGAGAUGCCACCGGACCAAGACCACAAACUCUCCCCACCCACUGAGGAUAACAGUGUGGAGCGUCAGUGUUUAACUUCAGCGAGAGACUGUCCUGAAGGCCGACACUGGGGCUCAACCUACUCCAAACCAGGAAGCGGACCUCUAGACAGAGGAGAAUUUGGCACUGGAACCAGACCUAUAGAAAUCCCAGGUCUCAGUCCAGGAAUUAGAAAGCAUGAACAACAGAUUUAUAGCCCAGAAGCUGAAUCACUGAAUUGUUCAAGCUUUGGCUCCUUGAGUGAAGUAUUGGGCCAGAGAGGUGGCACCCCUGACAGGCGUAUUCACAGCUCCUCCACCCAACAGUGUCCUGUGCCUUAUGGACAGAGAACCAAUGGGGAGGAGACGAUAACAGUACCAGGAUAUAAGAUGGAGACUAUUAGAUUAUCCCCACCGAGGUCACAGGACUAUCAGCAUCAGGUGGGCUAUAUGAAAAAAGGACGGGACCAAGACCUACCUUCUACAAAGGUGACAAGGAACAUGCGCCAAACUGUGACUUUGGAAAAAACGCCCAUCACUUGUGACCUUUGUGAGGUUGAGCUUGCCAAUGGGCAGGAGCUGCAGGAUCAUUUGGACAGCAAAUGUCACUGGGACACCCUGGAGCAUAUUCAGCAGAAUAAUAAAUACGAUGACGUAAUGAUAGCGUUCCUUCAGGAAGUGAUGCUGUAUAAGAGCCAUUAUUGUAGCCAAGCGGUAGAGGACAACGCUCUUCAAACUCUACAGGAAAAUAACCACAUGACAAAGGUGGAAAUGUUUCAUUGUGCUGCUUGCAAAGUUUACAUAUCCACAUCUGUUGCUGAAGUGCAGGCUCACAUCACCUCUGAGGAACACCUCUCUCGCACAAAGGAGUUUGAAGUGCAUAGGAGACAUGCUUGCCUCAGCAAAGCAGAAGCCAUGAUGAAGGAGCUCAAACCACAGUUUGAACACUUCCUGAAGAAAUUGCAGACAUUUUCAAGAGGCUCAAAAGUAACUCGACAAUUGAUUGACUAGGAGUUUCAUGGCCAGUUUUGAGGCCUGUUUACUCC